AUGAAAAACGAAGCACCGAAUGGUGUAAAAAAUGUGCUGGGAGCCGAGAUUCAAGGAGCCGGUUCUGAAAUUUCCAAAUCGGUUGUUACAGUCACUCGACAUGGCAAACCGAAGUCAUCGAUCUCACAAAUACAUGAGUGUGCUUUAUACAUGCGUAUGAAUGUUGAAUUUCUUGUUGUUAAAGAAGAGGGGCCGGCGCACGACAGACAUUAUGUGCUACGGUGCAGCCUGAUCUCGGAUGAUAAAGUAAUCUCGGCGGAUGGCGAGGGAAGUAGCAAGAAGAUUGCGAAACAGAAUGCUUGCUCACGAAUGCUCGAACAGUUGAAAUCUGUUGAGUCAUCGCCUAUUUUUAUUGCUGCAAAUGUGAUUAAAUUGCAAAAGAAGGUUGGUCCGCCGAAGGAGCUGAAACGAAAGACAAUAAUCAAAGAUAUGAAAAUGAAUCCAAAUUAUGGCCAUCAGAUCAAUCCGAUUAGUCGCCUGAUGCAAGUGAUGCAAGCACUGAAGCAGAGUGAGCCGAAAUUCCAGCUUGUGGCCGAACGUGGCCAGAGUCGUUACAAAGAAUUUGUUAUGGAGGUGAUCUGCGAUAACGAUCAACGCUGUGAAGGUACAGGGCCGAACAAGAAACUUGCAAAGCGAGCUGCUGCCGAAGCAAUGCUAGCCAAAAUUGGUUAUGUGAAGCCGAUGCCAAAACCCGGAAAAAGCCUGUUGAAGAGGCGACCAAACGAUGUACAGCAGCCAGUUGAAAUUGGAGUAUUCAGUCUGGAGGAAGCCCAGAAAAUCGAGGAACUACUGGACGGCAAAAAAAUCGAAAAAGCAACG